AUGCUAAGUCUACGGUAUCCACUUGGUAGGAUAGUCUUUCAAAGAGCUUUUAGUUGUAUCGGUGGCCUUAGGAUGAGUGAAUCCAAUUUACCUGUUGAAUAUGAAAAAUGGACCAAGAAAAAGUUAAUUGAUAAAAUACGACAAUUAGAGUCAAAAUCAACUAUAAAUGGAGAUUCUCCAACUCCAGAAGUUGGAGCUCCACUAGCUAAGAAAGCAAAGAAAAGAGUGUUUGAUAUCAAUAAGCAUCCAAAGAGAUUUGUCGCUUUGAAAUUUGCUUAUUUGGGAUGGAACUAUAAUGGGUUGGCUUAUCAAUAUGAAGAGACUCCAUUACCUACCGUUGAAGAAACUAUACUUCAAGCUUUAGCAACAGCAAAGUUAAUAGCAGGACCUAAUCCAGAAUCCUGUAAAUUCAGUAGAUGUGGAAGAACUGAUAAAGGUGUUAGUGCUAUGAAUCAAGUCAUUUCAAUUGAUCUUAGAUCAGCAUUAACUGAAGAAGAACAAAAAUUAAAGGAAAAUGAUCAUAAAGAAAUCAAAUAUCUUUCAAUAAUAAAUUCUAUAUUACCAGCUGAUAUCCGAGUUAACGCUAUUUGUUUAAGACCUCCAGAAAACUUUGAUGCCAGAUUCAGUUGUUCUUAUAGACAUUAUCGUUAUCUUUUUAAGAAGAUGGAUUUAGAUAUCGAUUUAAUGAAUGAAGCAGCCAACAAGUAUGAAGGUGUUCAUGAUUUCCGUAAUUUCUGCAAGCUUGAUGGAUCCAAACAGAUCACCAAUUUUACCAGAUUAAUUCAUAGUGCUAAGAUUAUUCAUUUACAAGAUGAUAUUUACGCAUUCGACUUAAAAGGGUCAGCAUUUCUUUGGCAUCAAGUCCGUUGCAUGGUGGCUAUUUUAUUCUUGGUUGCUCAAAAGUUAGAGAAACCUGCUAUAAUUGAUGAUUUAAUGAACGUUGAAAUGUUUCCAACUAAACCAGUUUACGAAAUGGCCCAUGACGUUCCAUUGAUAUUGUAUGAUUGUGCAUAUCCUGAAAUGGAAUGGUCAACUCCAAAUGAAAUAGAAGAUAUUCAAAAGUUUUUCAAACAUUUUAGUAUGUUUAAGGGAAUUCUUACUGAUUAUCAGUUAAAAACUCAUAUUACUGGUAUAAUGAGUGGAUUAGUAUUGAAAGACUCUGAUAAAAUUGUUAAUAAAACUGGAGGUAAUAUCAAUCUUGGUAAUGGUACUGGAAGAAAUUAUAACAAGUACGUUCCUCUUCAUGAUAGAGAUGUUGGAGAAUCAUUUGAGAUUGUUAAUGCCAGACAUAAAGAAAAGAAAAAGCGUAGAAUAGAGGCUAGAGAAGAAGAUUGUAAAUAG